AUGGGUUUUGAUGAAGGCAGCAUAGUCUUGAAUAGUGAAAAUGAAACUUAUUUUGCAGGACAAGUUAUUUACGGCAAACUGGUGUUCCAGCAGAACAAAGUUAAAACAUUUCGUGGUAUAUAUGUAAAGGUAAAAGGGUUUUGUAAAGUUCACUGGACUACCAGUCAUACUCGUAGGGAGAAUGACCGAAGUUACACAUAUACAGAAAAUCAUGAUUCUUAUGAAGAAUAUUUCAACAUGAAAGUGUUUUUGCUUGGUGGAGAAAAUGGUGAAUAUCACUUACAACCUGGCAAACAUGAGUUGCCAUUUGAAUGUCUCAUACCUGCAAACUGCCCAUCAUCUUUUGAAGGAACAUAUGGUCAUGUACGCUAUGAAAUUAAAAUUGUGGUUGACCGUGCUUUUAAGAUUGAUCAGGAGAAGAAAAAGGAUAUACGAGUUAUCGCCCCAUUAAAUCUUAAUGCAGAUCCAUAUUGCCAGGAGCCGCUGCAGUUUGACAUAGAGGACACAUACUGCUGCUGCUGCAUGAGCAGCGGUUCCAGCGAGACCGUAGUAAAGCUACCAGCGGCGGGCUUCUGCCCCGGACAGCUCGUGCCCGUCGAGCUCAACUGUUCCAAUCAGGGCAGGGUUUGCAUUGACCAGAUCAAGCUGGCCAUAAAAAAGAGAGUGACAUUCCAUGCGACACAGAACCCUGGCACUAAACACGAGUCUGAGAAAAUAGUGGAAAUAAAGAAGGGCCCCAUACCCGGGGGAGCCACCAGGAGCUGGGUGUUGGACAUGGAGAUGCCGGUUAUGGAUGUGUACAACAUGGGGCCCUGCCGAUACAUUGACAUAGACUAUGAGUUUAAGGUGGCCGUGAGCCCCGAGGGCUGCCGCGGCGACAGCGAGCAGUCGCGCCGCAUCGUCAUCGGCACGCCGCCCCUCGCGCAGCCGCCGCACCACCCCUUCCCCGCUCCCAACCCGCCCUAUCCCGCGCAAAGCGCCCCCUCCCCGCCCUAUCCCGCGCAAAGCGCCCCCUCCCCGCCCUAUCCCGCGCAAAGCGCCCCCUCCCCGCCCUAUCCCGCGCAAAGCGCCCCCUCCCCGCCCUAUCCCGCGCAAAGCGCCCCCUCCCCGCCCUAUCCCGCGCAAAGCGCCCCCUCCCCGCCCUAUCCCCAGAAAGAGUUGCUUCAG